GUCUCUGCUGUGUUUUCAUGUCUUCCAGGUUGGAUUUAUUGGAGGAAAAAGCCAGUAAGAAAAUGUCCAAUCACGUCUUCUCCAGCCACAGCUCUGCACAGAUGAAAGCCCGCUGUAAGCACCGAGGUCGGCCCGGCGCCCUGAGCUCCAGGCUCGCCCGGCGGGUGACCCAGCUGAAGCAGAAGGCCCAGCGUGGUGCAUCGUCUUCAGGCAUGCUGCACUGCAGAGGGCCCCCCGGGGAGGAGGACGCCUCCAUGAGUCACUGCAGACAAGGAAUCAAGGACCUGCAGCACGACUGGGCAGCUGGUCAGACUUCGAAGAGGAAGAGGGGUCGAAAGCCCAAAGUGAUGAUGGCCGUCAACACCAACAGAGCUCACCACAAGGACGACCGGACCUCCGACAAAAAACAGGAAGUCAGGGAAGAGAAGAGUGACAGCGAGAGCUCAGAGCACGAGGAGGACGAGGAGGACGGCAGCUACGACAGCGAAGACGGAGCCGGUGACAUCCAGAUUAGUUCAUCCUCUAAAGAAGCUCCUGCAAACCCUGCCGGGAUUCUGCCUUUUUUAUCGCAGUCCUCCAAGCUCCAAGCAAACCAGAGAGCCGGGAGUAAGAGACCAGGGCCCCCCGGUGAGACCUUU